AUGUCAAUGUAUAUGUUUGAAGUACCCGAAGCCAAAAGAAUCAAGAGGCUUGAAAUUCUGGCUACCGAUGACGGCGACAAUGGUUCACAACGCUCAAGACACUCUUCUUCAAGACAGGUGUCUCCUUCUCGCUCUCAGCCUGAAGACCAGGACCGUCAGGCUGAUGUAAAAGUGGAUUAUGGAUUUGAAUACGAGUUUAUCUCUCUGUCACAAGCACAAUCCCAGACACAAGUCACUCAGGAAAAGCCUGGACCUGGUCACAAGAAAGGCGAAGAGGAAGACCGAGAAAGCAGUGAAGAACCAAGUUAUCAAUUCCGACUAUUCACCAAACCCACCACCACAUCCAUCUCCGAUCCAGUCGUCGACCGAAAGCCAUCCCUGACCACCAUCCGCCUUUCCACAACCCCUGAACCCAACAGCGCCCUUCUCACGAGCGCCUCAGACGUUCCACUAUCGAGCGUACACUUCGUCCGACCUCAGCGCCCGGAGUCUCAAUACUACUAUUUCACCUCCGCGCUACCGCCGGCCAAGCAGGCGCUUUUGAAGUCUCAAUACGCAGAGGUCGCGCUCUCCACCCGAGACGUACUCUCGAACGCUUCUAUGACCAAAUGGCCCGGUGCGGCUGUGCCCUGGCGCGUCAUCAAGACCAAGGUCAGCAAUAUGACGUCGGCGACGACGAAAGAUCCUUCGAACGCGAGGAAAGGAGCAUUGUUGGCAUCAAGGCCUCGCCCAGGGUCCGGACCGAGGCUAAGACCAUCGAAGAAACGCCGCAUCCACCUCCGGCGGCAGCUCACCGCGAAAUCCGCCGCAACGGAACAGCAGAAACUGAGUGACGAGGCGGAGAGGGAGAAACGGACGCGUAGAAAUCGCGAGAAAAAGGUUAAGCGGAAGGAGAGAGAAAAAAGGAAGAAACAGGAAGCCGAGCAGGCUGAGAGUAAGCAGGAGUAG